GCCACCCUCCCGGCUAUUUAACGCCGCCCCUACCCGGCACUCGCUCCCCUCCGUCGCAAAACCCCCCACCCUGCCAGCAUCCCACCUCGGACCCCGCGCCCUCGGUAACCACCGCACAGGCAAGGCUCGACGCCAGCCAGGCAGGCAGCACCAUGGGAGAGGAGAAGAAGGCCGCCGCCAAGGACGGCGCCGCCGGCGGCGACAAGAAGAAGGAGAAGGACGCCGGGGCCGCGCCGGCGGGGCCGCAGCCCAUCGUGCUCAAGGUCGACUUGCAUUGCGCCGGAUGCGCCGGCAAGGUCCGCAAGGCCAUCAAGCGCGCCCCAGGUGUGGAAUCCGUGACGGCGGACAUGGCGGCGGGCAAGGUGGUCGUCACCGGCCCCGCGGACGCGACGGAGCUCAAGGAGCGCAUCGAGGCCAGGGCCAAGAAGCCCGUGCAGAUCGUCUCCGCCGGCGCCGGCCCGCCCAAGAAGGACAAGGACAAGGAGAAGAAGGCGGACGGCGGCGGCGAGAAGAAGCCGGACAAGGAGAAGGGCGGCGGCGGCGGCGGAGACAAGAAGGCCGACAAGGAGAAAGCCGGCGGAGGCGGCGAGAAGAAGGCCGAGAAAGACAAGGGCGGCGACAAGCCAAAGGAGGAGAAGAAGGCCAAGGAACCCAAGGAGGAGACGGUGACGCUCAAGAUCCGGCUGCACUGCGACGGCUGCAUCGACCGCAUCAAACGCCGCAUCUACAAGAUCAAAGGUGUGAAGGAUGUGGCGAUCGACGCCGGCAAGGACCUGGUGAAGGUGACCGGCACCAUGGACGCCGCCGCGCUGCCGGGCUACCUCAGGGACAAGCUCAGCCGGACCGUGGACGUCGUCGCGCCCGCCAAGAAGGACGGCGGCGGCGGCGACAAGAAGGACAAGGGCGACGGCGGCGACAAGAAGAAGGACGGCGGCGAGGAGAAGAAGGACAAGCCCGCCGGCGCCGCCUCCGCGUCGGUGGCGCCGAUGCCCAUGGCCGACGCCGGCAUGUACCAGAUGCCGCCGCACUACGGGUACGCGCCGUACCCCCCGGCCCCCGGCGGCUACUACGGCGCCGCCCCGGCACCCCACCCCGCCGGCUUUUACCACCCCAGCGCCGGCGGCCAGUACCCGCCCCCGCCCGCCUACCCGUACGGCGCCUCCCACCUCCACGCGCCCCAGAUGUUCAGCGACGAGAACCCCAACGCCUGCUCCGUCAUGUGAGCCUCGCCCGCCGGCCGCCGGCGCCGCCCCCCGUCGAACUCCGCUGUGUCAUACCAGAAGCUAUGGCUUGGGUUUUUCUAGCAGCUUAGUUAAUCAUCAGUUAGCUAGUAGUUUAAUCGGUGCCCCCGAGUUCCAGUACCAGCAGUCUUCUAGCAGGCCUGUAAAUGACAGCAGCGACUCUCGCCAUGGUGUGUGUAAUGCAGCAUCAUGUAUAAUCCGCCCGCCACCGAUGAAAAUUUUGCCCUUCUGCCACCGCUAA